AUGGGCCGUGUGAUAUUUGGUAAAUUUAUUAAAGGAGACUUUACAGUGCAGAUUGGUCUUGCAAAGACUAUAUUUGGAAUUGGCCCCAAAGUUGCUUCACAACUCACAGCUCGAGUAGGGAUCUACCCACGAUGCAAAGUUAAUCAGCUCACAGAACAACAGAUUUUAGAACUCAACAAGGAGAUCUCGCAGCUCACGGUCGAAGGGCAUCUAAAACAGAAAAUUAAUAGUGACAUCCAGAUGAAGAGAGCAAUCAAUUCUCGUGCUGGUAUCAGACAUGCACAAGGUUUCCCAGUACGAGGACAAAAGACAAAGACAAAUGGUGCUACAGCUAGAAGGUUAAACAAAAUCCCAAGAUACGCAAUCUAA